GUGGGCGUGUUCCAUCGGGAGAAAUGAACGGUCAUCAACACAAUCCUCUCAGCGCCCAUGUAAGUUGUAAUCUGUAAAUACACAAUAUAGUUUGAUUGACUAACUAUAAUAUCAAUGCCGAGUGUAGAUUUUCCAAUUUUGUAGUUGUAUAUUCUCGAAAGAGGUGUAUUGUUUAUGAAGUUGUGUUCAACCUGGUGUUAGCUAAACUAGCUGUGUAAUAGCUGGCUAGCUAACUAAAGUUAGCUGGCUACCGCUAAAACUAGCUAAUUAGCUAGCCACCAUUAGCUAACAUUACUCUCAACCAACCUGUUCUAUCUCGCUAGCAUUAGUUAAGCUAGAUAGCCGGUAACUAGCUAGUGUGGCUGUCUGGGUGCAAGCGAUUUACUUUAAUGUGUCGUUACUGUCCGGGCAUGAGCUGACUAACGUUACGGUUUUUGUUGGGGUGUGUCAGCAUUCAGAUAUGAUCAACCAUGCCCCUCCAUUAUCACACAUUUCCAGUAAGCAGAUUCGCCCUAGCUACAUUGUCAUUAAAUUAAACUAGCUAACGUUUGCUAUUAAUCUUGGCUAAGUAAAUAGGUACCUACAGUACCUAGCUAAUUGUAUAGCUAAUUAUUCAGUAUGGUGUCAGGGAGGGAGUAACACGAACGCCAUUCUCAGCCGGUGUAACGUCGGGAUGUGCUGCGGUGUAAAUCCAUUGGCACAAACUUGCUAGCUAACGUUAGCUAGCUAUGUCGUUACAUCCUACAAACACCGGGUGGGUGGAUAUUUUCAGGCUGUCUGUGAGAUCAUUAGCCAUACACAACACGCAACAACUAAAAUGGUUUGCGUUCAGACACAUUUUUCAUGUUAUCUGUCUGUUGCCGGUUUAGCAUUUUAAUUAGGUCUGUCCACAAUAGUGGAUUAAACAUUAGCUAGUUAACUAGCUAGCUAGCCUCGAUUCAAAUCCACACCUAUGCUAAUAGCUAGCCAUCCAGCUACAUGGCUCAUUCUCAUAUUGAUAAUGCUGGUGGUAGUGUUGUGUUUUGCCACUCACGGUGACAGUCGCGCGGCUGUUAUUUUCAAUUCUGAAAUGGGAUGGGGUAAUUGUUCUUCUCCACUUUAUAAUAUCAGUAGUUAACAUAUGUAGUCAAUUGCUUAGCAAGUAGCUUAACGUUAGAUUGAAGUGUGAUUGUAAUUCGCUAGGUGUCUUAUCGCUAGCUAAUUACUCACUGGCCGGCUUUGGGCGUAAACACCUCCCGUAAACACCUCCACAUUUCUUACAGCAAACACAUUUAUCAACGGCUAUCUGUCUGAUUACGUUUAUCGGAUUAAUUGAGCUAACAGCUCUGUGUUUAGCUCGGCAGUCAACUAGCUAAUGUCUCCUAUUGUAAAAACAAACCCCACACAACGAUUAUUUCAUUGAUUGGAAAAUCGAUCUCAGUCACAGUUAGCUAAGAAAUAGCAACCUCCCAGACAUAGGCUACUCAGAGGAGGACAAAGUUCGCUAUCUAGGUAGCCGACUGAUUGUAGCAGUUGAACUAAUCUCACACGAUUUAGCAGGGAUAAUAUUAGGCCCAGCUAUUCUAGUGCUUUGUGUUGACAGGUAGGCCUAUCACACCCCUUGAAAAUGUUGGCAUUGGUUUGCCUAUUCCAGGCAAGUGUCUGUGCACCUGUUUUGUCUUAGUCUUCAUGACAGCCCACUGGACUAGACAGAAUUAUAUGCAGUGCAACAGCAAAUUGAAUCUGGAGAACGUACUUUAUGACAUUUGACCGAGUUUCUCAUCUGCACUGUGAAAGUGAGUCCUUCAAGAUGGACCUCAUCUUGGAUGUAAACAUUCAAAUCUGGUCCUCUGUAGCUCAAUUGGUAGAGCAUGGAGCUUGUAACGCCAGUGUAGUGGGUUCGAUCCCCGGGACCAUCCAUACAUAAAAAUGCAUGCACACAUGACUGUAAGACGCUUUGGAUAAAAGCGGCUGCUAAAUGGCUUAUUAUUAUUAUUAUUAUUAUUAUUAAGUGUCUGAUCAACCACACUUAUGAGUGAGUCACAAAUGUGUUUCUGAGUCGAGUCUGAAAGUACAGUAUUGUACUGCAGCUAAUUGAACUGCAGUGAGUUUCUCAAAAGCAUUAAGAUCAUAUUUAGCACUAAGAUAAUAUAUAAAGCCAAUUUGUAGGCAAUGGCUGAACCAUGAUCUCAACCCGAUCAGUCCCGAGAUCCCAGCAAAAAUCGGCGUUUUCAUAUAUCUGACUUUCAUUUGUCUGCAUGUUCAGCCCUUAUAUUAGCUUCACAAUGAAGGUUUUUAAAAACUAUUUUCUUUAUAGGACAACCAGUGCUACAAGUAGAACUCAAAACAAUUAGUCAUAAACAGUUGCGUUCAUGAGUUUUAUUGACGAGGUCCGCCAAAGCAAAAACCUGAUGAAUGCUUUAAGUACAGAAUUAGUUUGCUCACGGGACACUAGUUUUGGGACACUGUAAAGUCCAUGGAGAAUAAGAGCACUUCCUCCCAGCUGCCCACUGCACUGAGGCUAGGAAACACUAUCACCACCGAUAAAUCUACAAUAAUCGAGAAUUCAACAAGCAUUUUGCUUACAGCUGGCCAUGCUUUCCAUCUGGCUACCACUAACCCGGCCACCAACUCUGCACCCUCUGCUGCAACUUGCCCAUGCCCCCCCCGCUUCUCCUUCACACAAAUUCAGACAGCUGAUGUUUUGAAAGCGCUGCAAAAUCUGGACCCCUACAAAUCAGCUGGGCUAGACAAUCUGGACCCUUUCUUCCUAAAACUAGCCGCCGAAAUUGUCGCGAACCGCUAUUACUAGUCUGUUCAACCUCUCUUUCAUAACGUCUGAGAUCCCCAGAGAUUGGAAAGCUGCCGCGGUCAUCCCCCUCUUCAAAAGGGGGUGACACUCUAGAUCCAAACUGCUACAGACCUAUAUCCAUCCUGCCCUGCCUUUCGAAAGUAUUCGAAAGCCAAGUUAAUAAACAGAUCAUCGACCAUUUCGAAUACCACCGUACCUUCUCCGCUAUGCAAUCUGGUUUCCGAGCUGGUCACGGGUGCACUUCAGCCACGCUCAAGGUCCUAAACGAUAUUAUAACCGCGAUUGAUAAUAGACAGUACUGUGCAGCCGUCUUCAUCGACCUGGCCAAGGCUUUCGACUCUGUCAACCACCGCAUUCUUAUUGGCAGACUAAAUAGCCUUGGUUUCUCAAAUGACUGCCUCGCCUGGUUCACCAACUACUUCUCAGAUAGAGUUCAGUGUGUCAAAUCGGAGGGCCUGUUGUCUGGACCUAUGGCAGUCUCUAUGGGGGUGCCACAGGGUUCAAUUCUUGGGCCGACACUUUUCUCCGUGUAUAUCAAUGAUGUCGCUCUUGCUGCUGGUGACUCUCAGAUCCACCUCUACGCAGACGACACCAUUUUGUAUACAUCUGGCCCUUCAUUGGACACUGUGUUAACAAACCUCCAAACGAGCUUCAAUGCCAUACAACAAUCCUUCAGUAGCCUUCAACUGCUCUUAAACACUAGUAAAACUAAAUGCAUGCUUUUCAAUCGAACGCUGCUAGCACCCGCCCACCCGACUAGAAUCACCACUCUCGACGGGUCUGACCUAGAGUAUGUGGACAACUACAAAUACCUAGGUGUCUGGUUAGACUGUAAACUCAACUUCCAGACUCACAUAAAGAAUCUCCAAUCCAAAGUUAAAUCUAGGAUCGGCUUCCUAUUUCGCAACAAAGCCUCCUUCACUCAUGCUGCCAAACAUGCCCUCGUAAAACUGACUAUCCUACCGAUCCUUGACUUCGGCGAUGUCAUUUAUAAAAUAGCCUCCAACACUCUACUCAGCAAAUUGGAUGUAGUCUAUCACAGUGCCAUCCGUUUUGUCUCCAAAGCCCCAUACACUACCCACCACUGUGACCUGUACGCUCUUGUUGGCUGGUCCUCACUACAUGUUCGUCGUCAAACCCACUGGCUCCAGGCCAUCUAUAAAUCACUGCUAGGCAAAUCCCCGCCUUAUCUUAGCUCAUUGGUCACCAUAGCAGCACCCACCCGUAGUCUGCGCUCCAGCAGGUAUAUCUCACUGGUCAUUCCCAAAGCCAACACCUCCUUUGGCCGCCAUUCCUUCCAGUUCUCUGCUGCCAAUGACUGGAACGAAUUGCAAAAAUCUCUGAAGCUGGAGACUCUUAUCUCCCUCAAUAACUUUAAGCAUCAGUUGUCAGAGCACCUUACCGAUCACUGCACCUGUACACAGCCCAUCUGAAAUUAGCCCACCCAACUACCUCAUCCCUAUAUUGUUAUUUAAUUUGCUCUUUUGCACCCCAUUAUCUCUAUUUGCACAUAAUCUCUUGCACAUCUAGCAUUCCAGUGUUAAUACUAUUGUAAUUAUUCUGCACUAUAGCCGAUUUAUUGCCUACCUCCAUAACUUGCUACAGUUGUCCACACUGUUAUAUAUUUUCUGUUUUAUCUCUGACUUUAUGUUUUUUACCCCAUAUGAACUCUGUGUUGUUUUUUGUUGCACUACUUUGCUUGUCUUGGCCAGGUCCACAUUGUAAAUUGAACCUUUUCUCAACUGGUUUACCUGGUUAAAUAAACGGUGAAUAAUAAUAAAAUAAAACGGGGAAAUGGAUGUCCAACUAGUCAUUGACAACUGUGUGGAGUUUGUGACAAACUGUGAGCUUAUUACAGUAUUAUAGACACUAUGUCCUGGGAUUUCCAAUGAUUUUCUAUGUAGAAGAACCCCUUACCUUCUAACGACGCUUGUGUCAUAGAGCAAAACAUGUUUAAUAGUUUGUAGUGUAGCUCAAACUCUUUGGACUCUACAGAGGGAUCUGCCCUUGUCUCACAAACACCACUCUAGCUCAGCCCCCGUUAAGCACACAGACUAAUGGUUGGUAUCUACGUAUGCAGAAGAAAUAGUCACACUCAAUGGUACAACCCAGAAGCUCAACCAGAAUGUUUAAAAGGGGUUAGAAGUCCAAAACGUGCUAGCGAUACGGUGGGAGUCAUUGGGUUAAUGGUAAAGAUGUUUGAAAACCUGCCCUGAAAUAUUUCUCCACUCUUUCCUUUUCAGCAUGUGAUAUUCCUAAACAUCAAUGGAAACUGUUGACUGAAGAGAAAAGGAUAUCCCAGUUCUUUUACUUGGAAAGAGUGUUCAAAGGAAGUGGGUUUUGGAAAUUUCCAUGGAAUACUUAGCCUUUUCCUAUACAGAGAAAUCCUAAUAGGCCUGCUGAUGACCGGCACUCAAGGUAUGUUUCCUAGUAAAGCCAAACUAAAGUAUCUAGCAAACUAAAGUGAUCUUAGACUAAUUGCCAAUCGCACCUUUCCUAAAGCUAUUUUUAUAAAAAAGAAGGCUGCUCUUGAGCUUUAAAAAUGGGGCCUGAAAUAUUUGUGGCAUUAAUGUUACAGCCAUGUUGGCUUUCAUCAGAAUGAAGAAUAGCUUUUGGUAGAUGAACAGUGGUAAAAAUAGAUGAAAAGAUGGAUGAUCAGCAGGCUGACACAGCACAUUAAGACAUUGUGAUCUUACAUUUACAUUUAAGUCAUUUAGCAGACGCUCUUAUCCAGAGUGACUUACUUCCUGGACAAAGGGCCCUGCUGUAGAUGCCAUGUGAAAGUAGACUGUUAUAGUGAAUGGACAGAUAUGGUGAUAUGGUUGCCAAUGUGGUAUUUGCAUGCAGCAUCUUAUCUAUGUAGGCACAGGCAGUAUAGACUGUAGUGAGAGACACACACAAACACACACGUUACACACAUGCUGGUGUGACCUUGGAAGGCUGCAUACUUGAGGCGGCCGAGGGAAAGAGAGGGAAGAUCUCAAUUGCAUACUCCUCGCGUCCUCUCUCCUCGUCUCGUCUCCUUCUCAAAACCCAUUGGAGGAGAAGGUCAGAGGGAAGGGACCUCUGGCUUUCUCAUCCAAUGGGUUUUGAGAAGGAGACAAAGAGAGUGGAUGCAAGGUGUAUGCAAUUGAGAUCUUCCCAGUGAUAGGUAAGUGUUGGCUGAGCCGCUUCAGACAGAGAAAAUGUAGCGCCCUAAAGGAGGAAGAGAGGCUGGUUGUGUAAUAGUGUCAUGGUGUGUUUCACUGUGUGAAUGUCUGUUAGUAUGCUUGUCUAUGUACUCAUAAUGUUUGAAACUGCAGCAGUGGAUGUGCAUUUUGGACUACGUCUGUGGCAGUAGGUAGUCUGAAAUUACAGCAUUAGGUCUUGUGUUCCAUACUUCCAUUAGCCUAUGGGCCUAUCUGAUUGUGGCAGGGGGUGUUUUAUCCAUAAGAUGGUUUGAGGUGCCUGCUUGUUUACAGUGACACACAAUAGCUGUGCUGAGUCUUGGAGUCACUCCUCUGUUUGUCUGCUUAAUAAUGCAUUCACAACACUAUUAGAUUCCCUUACCACUCUGUGGAACAUGCAUGUCACUGUGUGUGUGUAGCCUACCUGCUCACCUGUUAGCCACUGUGUCCCCUCAGUGAUUUUGGGCCUGCCGAUAGACCUAUAUAUAGCAGGACCUUUCAGUCUGGCUUGCAAUAAGUUAAACAUGCGGUGAAAUGAGGAGGGGAAAGGGUAAGCACAUUAGGGGGUUUCCACUGAUAGAUGAGGAGUAUGCAGAUAUGACUGUUGGUGAUGCCUACUUUAGCCUAUUUGGUGAGGUCAAGUGUUAGUUACACCGAGUGUGCAGCGCUUCUUGGCGAGAUUAGCCAUAGUGUUACCUCAGUGUUGGGUUAAUGUUACAGGCUUAGUGUUAUAGCUAUGAGGAAGGGACUUACUCAAAUGAAGCAAUCUCUCAAUCCUAUCCAUUUGGGAUACUUUCACUCCAUCAUUAGUAGUGUUUUCUCUAUGCUGUAUUUGGGUGUUGCAGAAUACAGAGAGAAACUGCCUGCAUAGCGCAAUCUGCUAAUGUGAGGGAAAUUCUGGUGAUGUAUCAUAAUUUGCAAGUGGGUAGGGAGUUGUGUGGGAGGCAUCGUGUCCUGCUGGUGCCAGUAAACUGGUGGUGACUGAAUUCUUUCCCUUUUCCUCUUCCUUAGUUGUGUGCUGAUUGGGCAAAUGCUGUGAUUGGUGGGUUCCACUGACAGGCACUGACUCUGUCCCAAACGACACCCUGUCCCUUAUCUGGUGCACUACUUUUGACGGGCUCUGGUCAGAAGUAGUGUACUAUGUAGAGGAUAGGGUUCCAUUUGGGAUGCAGGCAUUGACUCAAAAGCAGGUUCUUUGCUCACUACAUGAAAGGAGCUCCAUUAGGUUAUUGACAGCCUCUGCUAGUCAGUGUCUCUCAAGCUUUGUGUCCCUCAUUACUUCCGUUAUUUACUGUAACACUCAUGAUGUAUCAGACAUCUACUGCUCUGCUCUUAGCUCUCCUGAGUAAUCUGGAUGGAGUCAUCACUGUGAGGUGUUCCACACACCUUCAUGUCAGUCUCAUAUUUUGAGUGUACACUGGGCAGUGAAGAUAUUUGCUGUUAAGAUGAGGAUUUCCCAUUAAUACAUUUUAGAAGUCACUGAUGCCCCUCAAAGUGUGUGUGUGUACAUGUCUCUUUGAUUCUGUGCAGUUUGUACAUGGCUGAUUUGAGACGAGUCUGUGUGCCGCCAUGCCAGCGUCAUUUAUUUGUAUCUCGUCAUUGGUUCCAAUUUGAUAGUGAUUUUCCUCUUAUGUUGACCUCUUCCUCCGCAGCCAACCCUGAGCUGUGAGUCCGAAGAGGAAAAGCCGGACAGAUGGUAAGCUCUUUUUCUCUUCUCUUUCUUGCCACCUGUUUCUUCUUACUCUCUCCUUUUCCCUCGCGCUCUCUUCCUUCUAGAUCUCUCCCCCCUUUCUCUCCCUCCCUCUUUCUAUGCUGUUGAUAAGUAAAAGACAGUCUUUAUAUAAAGUGCUUUCCCGGAGCUCAGCUCUCAGAUGUGGAUUAGCUUUAGCCAGCUCCGCUCACAGCUCCAUGUUUGAUCCGGUCUCUGAGGUCAAAGCUCUCUACAGGGAUAUCAUGGUGCAACUCUGGGUGCCUCAGGCAGAUAAGACCCCACCAGAAAAUGUGAUUCUAUUCAUUUAUAUUUGAAUGUUUCAUUAUUACUUAUCAUCCUUUUCAUACUAUUUACUAUACUUUAAACUCAUUCCAAAUCCUCAAAGGAUAUAUGGUUUCGUUCACCCAUUUAGUAAAUAAAUAGUUUCUGAAAUGCUGUGUAUCUCAUAUUAGACUACAAACAACGACUUUUGAAGUAAAUAACUCAUUAAGGCAAUGUUUGUUAACCUCAGCCUGACAAGGAAACCACAGCCAGAUUAUGCUAGUUAACCCAGGUCCUGUGACAUGUGACAUGCUUUCGUCCUCUAAAAGUGCAUUUGCAAUAUGAUACACUGAAGUGCCACAAUAUCUAUGGAAACUGUACAAUAAAGCCCCAGCAUUUCAGAAAUUAUGUUUUUGGAAAGUAUAUUUUGUUUAGCACGACACCCGUCAUUGUUGUAGAAGACUGCUUUCUUUAGAAGGCUAGUAGAGUUGUUUUGUAAGUGGGUUUGGACAUCAGACGUUGUGGUUCAUAUGGAUUUACUAUACUGAACAAAAAUAUAAACGCAACAAUUUCAAAGAUUUUAGAGUUACAGUUCAUAUAAGGAAAUCAGUCAAUUUAAAUAAAUUCAUUAGGCCCUAAUCUAUGGAUUUCACAUGACUGGGAAUAAAGAUGUGCAUCUAAUGGUCACCUUAAAAAUAAUGGCCCUCACGAUCUCGUCAUGGUGUCUUUGUGCAUUCAAAUUGCCAUUGAUAAAAUGCAGAUGUGUUCGUUGUCCAUAGCUUAUACCUGCCCAUACCAUAACCCCACCGCCACCAUUGGGCAGUCUGUUCACAACGUUGACAUCAGCAAACCGCUCGCCCACACGAGGCCGUACACGUGGUCUGUGGUUGUGAAGCUGGUUGGACCUACUGCCAAAUUAUAGUAGAGAAAUUAACAUUAAAUUAUCUGGCAACAGCUCUGCUGGACAUUCCUGCAGUCAGCAUGCCAAUUGCAUACUCCCUCAACUUGAGACAUCUGUGGCAUUGUGUUGUGACAAAACUGCAAAUUGUAGUGGGCUUUUAUUGUCCCCAGCACAAGGUGCACCUGUGUAAUGAUCAUGCUGUUUAAUCAGCUUCUUGAUAUGCCACACCAGUCAGGUGGAUGGAUUGUCUUGGCAAAGGAGAAAUUCUCACUAACAGGGAUGCAAACAAAUUUGUGCACAUAAUUAGAGAGAAAUAAGGUUUUUGUGCGUAUGGAACAUUUCUGGGUGCUUUUAUUUCAGCUCAUGAAACAUGGGACCAACACUUUACAUGUUGCAUUUAUAUUUUUGUUCAGUGUAAUAUUCUAAUAAAAAAAUAUAAAGAAUAUUUGAACAUAAAAAUUAUUAUAUAAAUCGAGUCAACUAAUAAAUGUCUCAAAGCCGACACGAGUUCAACCUCUGACUGCCGCUUUUUGUAAUCAUUGUUUUAAUUCUGGUGCUUUCUUUUGUCCCAUCCACUCACUGCUGCAUGUCAUAAUCCAUUUUAUUUUCCUUCUUGUUAGACGAGCAUGACUUUGAGCCAAUUCGCAGAUGCAUGCAUGCGCACAGGGCCCAAGUGAGCGAGCGCCAUACCCCCUGCUUCCCGACUUUGAAGCUGCCUCUCAAAGGGGGUGUGGUGUCGUGGCGUAGCUAGACCCCCGCACCCCCAGAGUUGACCCUGUGGCUGAGCGUCAGCCUGGCGCCCCCUGAUGGAUCAGGCUAGUAGUGAGCAGAAUCCUGAGGAGCCGGAUGCGGGAGGUCGGGUGGAGCAGGAGGUGGCCCGGAGGGCGUCGGAGUCCGAGCACGGCCUGUCCAAAAUCACCCACAAUGCACUGGAGAACAUGGGCGCGCUUGGCCACGGCCUGAAGCAGCUCUUCCAGCCGCAACGCCGCCGCUCGUCCGUCUCCCCGCACGACGCCGCCGCCUCCUCCUCGGGUGGCCCCGCCCCUGAGCCCCCUGACGGUGGGGGGCCAGAGGUUGGGGACGCCCACUCGGUACCCGGUCCGGACUCUGACCCCCACACUACUUCCUCCGCUCCCCCUGCAGCUCUGAGCCGCGUUCUGCAGCAGAUCCGUGGCGCGCCCCCCAUAAUGAAGCGAGGGACUAGUCUGCAGAGCCGCCGCAGCAAGGUGGGGGGGACCGGGGACCCCCCCCAGAAAGGCAGCCCCCAGAUCCACCGGAGGAGUACCCAGGAAGUUAUGCUGCUGCAGGCUGGCCGCCCGCGCUCCUCCUCCACCACGGACACGCCCACCAGCCCCGCCCUGGCCGACAUGCUGCUUACCUCCGGGUACCACUCCACUGAGGAGCCUGAUCGGGUGAGUUGAAACUAGGGCCCUACAGGGGUUGGUCCCCUGUAAAACCUACCCACUGGUGCAGACAGGCCACUGCAAGCUUUUCACCUAUAUUUAAAAACAAAACAAAAAAAAGCUACUACUAGAGAAACGCAUAUCUAAAUGGAAGCACAGUAUUUGAAGGUCAGAAUUCAUGAUGAUGUGAUGUGAAAUGAAAUUGGUAAUAUUGGGCUAACUGGCUUGCCUUCCUCUGGAUGUUCUUGGAUGAAGGAGUGAAAGUAGCUGUCAUUACUGGCAGGUCAGUGUGUGUGUUGGUCACUAUGUGCUCUAAGCCUUUCUAUAUUUAGCUGUGGCUGUCUCCAAGUGUACUUCAGGUCAGCCAGCGAAGACUUGCAGGCCAAAACAAGCUGAAAAGUUUAAAGAACGGAUUGUCCCCUGACAUCUUUGACACUGUCCUCCAACAUUUUAGAUGUAGAAUGGUCCUCACUGGAAUUGCUCAAAUCCAUAGAAAUCUGUAGUACACUGUAUUGCAAUAUUUUGCAGGACAGUACAUUUAGCAGGACAGUACAUUUCAAAAUCCUUUCAAAGCCUUUUACACUGUUAGGAUUGAGUGUUGAACUCCUAGACAACUAGUACAGCUAGCAGCCCAUUGUGUCUGAGGUAUACCCGUCAUGCACAGUGCAUAUCCCUGGCAGUCACCUCACAAUGCUUGAUGACACAACUAAGGCUUUUGAGCAGUAAUGGUAUGAAUCAGGCAGUAGGAUGAUGAGUCUAAGCCAUCUGUUCCAACAGCAGACAGUGGACACCCUAUUGUGUGAACUGUAAUUAACUUGCAUUAUAUGAGCAGCUAUCGGGCUAGCGUCUGGACAGGGCUGUGGUUGAGUGACUCAGUCUGUCUGUCAUUCUUGGAGAAAGCAAAAGUCCUGUCCAUCCCCCACUGGCUGUCUGUUACAUAAGCUGUCUGAACUGACAGUGUUUGAAGGGGGAUGGAAGUGCAACUCCACUGUAGUUAGUGGCCUACGUCUGUCCCAACUCCCCAGAACAGCCCAGAAUGAAUGAUUUAUGUUCUGAUCUCCAGCACCCCCAUUCUAGAAUGCCACCACAUCUCUGUAUAGCAAAUUGAUUUGAGAACAUAACAUUUCAUUUUUCUGGUUGAGCCUCCCUCAUUAGCUUCUUCAGUUAAGCCACCUCAUAGGGAAGGUGUACACACUGUAUGGCAUCCCCUGUCUGAUGGAUUACUGCUCAGUAUAAAGACAUGGAUUCCUCUGGAGAUAUUUAUGGAAGGUACGACUCAGCUGUUUUUACAAAUUAUGAACAUGCUCCUUUAUGGUAAAUCAGUCUGAUAGGUAACAUUAUGUAGGGUGUCCAGCCACUGCCCAGAGUGGGUGAGAAUGUCACUUUAUGUUAUAACAGGCAGAAUCUACUGCAAACCCAAAGCUUCCUUAUGCUAUAAAAUACAUUUUACCAAGACAAAUAUGAUUAUUCAUGUUCUGAAUCGUUCAGUGGGGUCUUUCUCUAAUGUAUCAUUAACAUUAUAUCCCAAAAGUCCGAUUUUGUAACUUAAUAUAUCCGAUAAUAAGCACAGAGCUCUGACAUAGCGCUGCAGGUACCUCAUAACUUUUAUGAUUUACAAUUUUGUGGUUCUCGUCAAAGUUGUUUCUGCGGGUCGGAAAAUUAGCAUUACACAACUGUAAUUAAAUCUAAAGACCUUUGAAAAUAAAAAGCUUGAUAUACGCUCAGUGAUCCGAUGACAUUUCGCAGAGAUACGUUUGUUUUUGUGAGAAAUCUUCCAUAGAGGAAUUUCGAAUUAGUAUGAAAAGCGUACAUGUCAUGUCUCAAAAUCGAUAUCCAUCUUACCUCUAUUGUUUUAUGUCCUGCGGAUUUGAGAAUGACGACAAGUUCAAUGGGAAAGUGAGCUUGUCAGUUAGCCCAUAGCCUUAAUUUUUUCACAGAAUCCAGCCUAGCUGACGCGAUGCAAUUUUCCUUAUAUAUAUAUUUAUUUAUUUAUUUCUUGGUCAUUGAUUUAGUCACCCUAAUUCUGGCCAUCCUACAAGGGUAAAGACUCAAAUAACUUUUGAAUGGAUUAUGAUGGAGACAUGAGGUUUGGACCACUGGGUUUUCUUGGAUGAUUAUCUACACAAUUAACAUAAUUUUACACAUUGGUCAAAAUAUGUGUUUUUGAUUGGAGACCCUACAUUAUGAUUAUAAGAUGUUGGUGUUGGCUGAUUUUAUAAUCUUUGCCUUAUAGUUUAUAAAAUGGCCCCUAUUGAUAUAGGCCUCUUUCCACUCCAUUUGGCUACUUUUAAUGCACUUUCUCAAUCUUACACGACAGUCUCUGAUCUAUCCUUUUCUCCUCCCCAUCCUCCUAUCUUCUCUUCCUCCUCAUUACUCUCUGUCUUUCCUGGGUCAGCUGGAUUGUCUGGAUGGCCCCUGCCCGGCCGUAUCGCCCAACGCCCUCUCCUACGGAGCCGACGGCUACGGGCUGGACUCGGUCGACAGCACCCCCGACCCCCAGCGCACAAAACAGGCCAUCGCCCAUCUGCAGCAGAAGAUCCUCAAGCUCACCGAGCAGGUCAAGAUUGAGCAGACGGCCAGAGACGACAAUGUGGCCGAGUACCUGAAGUUGGCCAACAACGCGGACAAGCAGCAGAGUGCCCGCAUCAAACAGGUGUUUGAGAAGAAGAACCAGAAGUCGGCCCAGACCAUCCAGCAGCUGCAGAGGAAGCUGGAGCACUACCACCGCAAACUGAGAGAGGUGGAGCACAACGGGAUCCCCCGCCAGCCCAAAGACGUGCUCCGGGACAUGCACCAAGGCCUCAAGGGCGUGGGCGCUAAGGUUAGCGUUAUGAACAUUUUAAUCAUAUAUACUUUCCUGAUGAGCUGUUUAGAGGUCAUCCCGCUUAUUUUUCACCAGUGUUAUUUCUACCACUGUAGUGUGCCACUGCAACUGCUAAUGUGAGUACUACCACCACCAUCAAAAUAUAGUUUGUCUGGUUUUAGCCACCUGUCCUUUGCAGAGUAAUUAGCAGAACAGUUUUGUAGAAUAUGUAUGUCUCAGACCUGGGUUCAAAUACUAUUCGAAAUCAUUUCAAAUACUUUAGCUGGGCUUGACUGGUGCAAAAACCUAGAGAAUAGUCGCAAACCCCACCCAUCUGCAACUCCAGGCAGACUAAAGCAAACGCUAAAAGUAUUUGAAAGAUUUCAAGUAGUAUUUGAACUAGGGGUGUGAAACGUUAAAAAGUUUAAAUGAAAUUGGGAUCCUUAACGUUUAGAAAAAUCCCUAACAAAAAAAAAGAAUCCCCACACAAUAUUAAAAUGACAGUGCAGCUGGCUCGCCUGCUAUUUCUCUUUACUAAUAUUGCGUGGGUGUGUGUUCAGUCUUCAGUCUGUUGCGUGUAGAAUAUACUACCUAGCCUGUUUAUGGAUAAUAGGCCCUGGUUUAUUGAAAUUGCGAGACAUUUCAAGCAAAGAAAUUGCAAAAUACAUUGCGUGAAACAGCUUCUGAUUGCCGAUAUAGGCCUAGUGCACAGUUCUGACUGGCUGCCUGGUGGCCGACCUUCCUAUACUCUGCCCCCCCUCUCUCUCUUUCCACGCUAGCUCGCUAGGAAAGAUGCAAGUGUUUGUGAAGUACGGCAACUAAACAGUCUCCUCCGUUUAAAAAAUACUAAAUCUUAGGAGUCGAUUCCUAUCGAAUGAUGUUUUCUUUCUACUAAAUGUCUUGGUAAGUCAUGGUAUUUAACGAACUUUAGGCCUAAAGUACUUUUUUAGGAGACCGGUCUGUGUGCAUGCAGGCAGUUCGAUUAUUUGAUUGACAAUUCUGGUUGCCUAGUGAUGGACGUUAGUACCGCUUCAGUGGCAUUCCUUUACAGACAAGUAAAAUGCCUGUUCAGUGGCGCUUCAAAACUAUCUCCAGAAAAAGUUUAGUGUCGCCAUUUUUAAAAAGCAGUAAUGCACCCUUACAGACAAACAAACAUGCCGUGGCCGAGUCGCUUUCAAGGGUAUAUGACUGCAGUAGAUAUAACUUCAUUGCCCGGCCCAGCAGUCAUACAUUAGGAAAAUUAUUCUGCAUUGUGAAUUGAUGUGGAAUUUUGAGAUUUUUCUGAUAAAUUGUAAAAAGAAAAUGGAAACGUUAAGCAAAAUUCUCCAUUUGUCACAUCCCUAAGUUGAACCCAGGUCUGGUAUCUCUAUGUCCCUAUCCAUGAAUCUGUUUUCACUACCCCCCCACCCCCCCAGUUAGUAACUGACCCAUCUCCCCCAACAGGUGACCGGUGGCCUCUCCAGCUUCUCCCACGCCACUCACUCGGCGGCUGGGGCCGUGGUGUCCAAGCCUCGAGAGAUCGCCUCCCUCAUCCGCAACAAGUUUGGCAGCGCAGACAACAUCUCUGCCCUGAAGGACUCCCUGGACGAGCCCCAGGAUGAUGGUCACGUUCUGGGGACGGGGGGGUCCAGGACACUGGGGGGGGCCUCUAGCCCCAAGUACGGCAGCGAGGACGACUGCUCCAGUGCCACCUCCGGCUCGGCCGGGGCCAACAGCAUCACAGGGGCCCCCGGGGGCCCGCCCAGCUCUAAGGGCCUGAACACACUGGAGCACGGCCAGAUCUUGGGCUUGGACACGCUGCUCCAUGAGGUCCAGGAGCUCCGGAACAGCCAAGGUCGGCUGGAUGAGUCGUUUGACAGCCUGAAAAGCCAUUACCAGAGAGACUACACCAUGAUCAUGCAGGCCCUGCAGGAGGAGAGAUACAGGUAGCCACUGCAUGCCACACACACCCUAGGACGCAACCGGUACUAAAUAGACUAGACCAGUUGUUGUCGUGGAAAAUGAUCACUAUACUUAUUAAAAAUCAAAGUUCUUCCAGACACUCGGCCCUCAGUUUAUAUACAAUUUCCAUUCCUGCUCGUUUUACAUACUUUUUGGCUUAAACCCUCCCAGUUCAGUUUCUCCACUAUUGUAAAAAAUAACAGAGCCAUCUCCUGGAUCUGCUCUGUUUAUUCCAAAACCUAUCAAUCGAUACUUAAAUAUGGUUUAAACAUGGCAGGUCCAUAACCCAUUCUCAACCAUAUACAUUUAAGACAUUCCUAAUGCAUUGCCUCAUACAUAACAGUAUAAUCAAUCCAGAGCCAUGUCCUGACUCUGGCUCAACCAUAAUAUCUAUUUAAGGCAGUUAUCUUGCGGUUUGUAUAAGCAAUACAUGAAAUACUAAAUCCUUUAUAAUAUUAUUCUUCAUAAUAUCAUCCCUUAUGUUUUACAAGGCCUAGUAAUGCUUGCUCCCUUUCGGACACCUCCCUAACAACCAUUUUCUGAAUCUAAGCUGAACCUGUUUAGGGGAUUAAGAUACAUUGAAACCCUAUGUUACAUGCAUAUACUACAUAGAGAAAACAUGAGAGAGGCCUAUUCUAUAUUUUUAGGAUUCCAGGUUUUCCCCAGGCGUCCUAUAUGGGACCCCUAGUUCCAACACCAAAAUCAAUUUAAAUGUUACUCACCUUCUUUAAUUAAUGCUUAGACUCUUUAUCAUCACUAAAGCAAUAUGGAACAGGAUUAAUAUCUCCAUGUCCAGUGUGCUUCAGCUGUUGCUUGUCCUUGUGGUCAUGACAAGCCCAUCCUCCUCCUGCAACGACCCCAUACAGACAUUCUAGGUUGCCAUAAGGGCAGUCAAGUUGUCCUCAUUGUUGUGAGGGCCAAGCAGGGCUCUCUUCCGAUAAUGACUAUCUGCUUCUGGGCCUCUACUCCGGGCCGGCGUUGGGUCCCUUUGGCUCGGGACCUUCUCUGUCACUAGGCAGCCUCAGCUUUCUCAUCUCUCGGUCGUCGGUUUCCAUGCAGUACUCUGGUGCAGUGGUUUAGAUGAUACCAGGUCGAGCUCCCCUCAACCCUUAUGGCAGUUGGUGUAGCCUGGAUGAAGGUGUAGGGUCCCUCACGUCUCUGUUCGUUCCACUUCCUUCUGAAGACCCUGACGUAGACCUUCUCCCCCGGGACCACUGGUCGUGGUGGAUUCGCCUCUGGUUCUGGAACUCUGCUUCUCUCCUGUUGGUAUAUAACUUCAUGUAUGAUAGUUAGUUGCCUGAUAUACUCUUCUAAUUCCCUUUCCAUUUGCUCUAGAGGCAGACCCUCAUAUGGUCCCAUAAGCACCGGCACUGGCAUGGGUCGACCCGUAAGCAUUUCAUGCGGUGUUAGAUGCGUUAUUCUGUUAGCUUGCAUACGAUAGCUCAUUAAUGCCAGAGUUGAGGCCCCCCCCAAAAAACGACAACACUGUCUGUUAAAUCAAAAUAACAAAUCAAACUAGAAUGAUAACCCUUGAUAACACCUUAACUUAAUUGUGUCCCUCAUUCAGGGCUAGUUCUCUCGCUCUGUCCUUGUCAUGGUAUGAAUCAUUACAUACUACAUAUACAGUGGGGGAAAAAAGUAUUUAGUCAGCCACCAAUUGUGCAAGUUCUCCCACUUAAAAAGAUGAGAGAGAAAAUCACAUUGUAGGAUUUUUUAAUGAAUUUAUUUGCAAAUUAUGGUGGAAAAUAAGUAUUUGGUCAAUAACAAAAGUUUCUCAAUACUUUGUUAUAUACCCUUUGUUGGCAAUGACACAGGUCAAAAGUUUUCUGUAAGUCUUCACAAGGUUUUCACACACUGUUGCUGGUAUUUUGGCCCAUUCCUCCAUGCAGAUCUCCUCUAGAGCAGUGAUGUUUUGGGGCUGUCGCUGGGCAACACAGACUUUCAACUCCCUCCAAAGAUUUUCUAUGGGGUUGAGAUCUGGAGACUGGCUAGGCCACUCCAGGACCUUGAAAUGCUUCUUACGAAGCCACUCCUUAAUUGCCCGGGCGGUGUGUUUGGGAUCAUUGUCAUGCUGAAAGACCCAGCCACAUUUAAUCUUCAAUGCCCUUGCUGAUGGAAGGAGGUUUUCACUCAAAAUCUCACGAUACAUGGCCCCAUUCAUUCUUUCCUUUACACGGAUCAGUCGUCCUGGUCCCUUUGCAGAAAAACAGCCCCAAAGCAUGAUGUUUCCACCCCCAUGCUUCACAGUAGGUAUGGUGUUCUUUGGAUGCAACUCAGCAUUCUUUGUCCUCCAAACACGGCAAGUUGAGUUUUUACCAAAAAGUUCUAUUUUGGUUUCAUCUGACCAUAUGACAUUCUCCCAAUCCUCUUCUGGAUCAUCCAAAUGCAAACUUCAGACGGGCCUGGACAUGUACUGGCUUAAGCAGGGGGACACGUCUUGCACUGCAGGAUUUGAGUCCCUGGCGGCGUAGUGUGUUACUGAUGGUAGGCUUUGUUACUUUGGUCCCAGCUCUCUGCAGGUCAUUCACUAGGUCCCCCCGUGUGGUUCUGGGAUUUUUGCUCACCGUUCUUGUGAUCAUUUUGACCCCUCGGGGUGAGAUCUUGCGUGGAGCCCCAGAUCGAGGGAGAUUCAGUGGUCUUGUAUGUCUUCCAUUUCCUAAUAUUGCUCCCACAUUUGAUUUCUUCAAACCAAGCUGCUUACCUAUUGCAGAUUCAGUCUUCCCAGCCUAGUGCAGAUCUACAAUUUUGUUUCUGGUGUCCUUUGACAGCUCUUUGGUCUUGGCCAUAGUGGAGUUUGGAGUGUGACUGUUUGAGGUUGUGGACAGGUGUCUUUUAUACUGAUAACAAGUUCAAACAGGUGCCAUUAAUAUAGGUAACGAGUGGAGGACAGAGGAGCCUCUUAAAUAAGAAGUCACAGGUCUGUGAGAGCCAGAAAUCUUGCUUGUUUGUAGGUGACCAAAUACUUAUUUUCCACCAUAAUUUGCAAAUAAAUUCAUAAAAAAUCCUACAAUGUGAUCUUCUGGAAAAAAACAUCUCAAUUUGUCUGUCAUAGUUGACGUGUACCUAUGAUGAAAAUUACAGGCCUCUCAUCUUUUUAAGUGGGAGAACUUGCACAAUUGGUGGCUGACUAAAUACUUUUUUUCCCCCACUGUACAUCUCACACAAUGUCUUCUAGCUUUCUAGUGAUGGUGAUCAGGCCUCACCAGAAAGUCAGAGCAGAGGUCAUUCAACACCAUUUUAAGUGAAUGUCUCUUUCCCUUUUCUUCCCCUUUACCUCAGAUAUUAUUUAACAAUAUUUCAAACAUUUUGUGUACCAAGUUUACAUUGGGAUUUUUCAGUACAUUUCUUAUCAGGAUAAUUUACGUGUGUAAUCAAAACUCUGGCAAUAGAAACUUCCGAAAAUGUAAUUUAUGUGCCCUUUAAGGUGUAUUAUUUCUAACCUGUGAAAAAUCCACUAAACCAAAAAUAAAAACCCUACACAACUACCAAAUAUUCAUAAUAGGUGGGUUGUGUGUGUGGUGAAACGUAGGGCAAAAACAAACAAAUGGCUAGGCCUUAUUUAAUUUGGUAGCUCCCUUUUAUGGCCUAAUUAUAAGAUUGCUAAGUUUUACUAACUGCUCUCCUCAGAUCACAGACUCGGGGAAACAUUCCAAAGAGACAUAAUGAAACUCCCAUUCUCCUGGAAAAGAAAGUGUACAUUUCGUUAACAUUCACUAUAGUACAUCUUAAUCAGCCCCCCAAAUGUUUUAAUACAAUCAAAACAUGAAGAUAAUUCCACUGUACUCCAUCAAAUGAGUAAUCGUUUGUUUCAAUCUAAUUCCUUGUUUAUAUAAAUUGCUGUCCUUUGUAAGUAAAUGCAAACAAGUGUCUACUUUCUUAUGCUAAAGGUACACUAAAAAAUGCUCCACAUAAGUCUAUUACUGAGAACCACUUUGCAUCUGGUGGAAUGUUUGUUAAGUGUGUGUGGAUUGGACACCUGUGCUUGGCGGUCUUAAACUACUUCAUUCACUGCUGUUUGUUUGAUUUUAGUACUGGUUCCAGUCACUCUGGGUUUUAACCAGUACUCCUGCUUUUAUCAGUCCCUCUAUUGUAGCUUGAAUUCCUGCCUCUGCUUCCGGUGUCAUUGGGUAUUGCUGUUUCCAUGGGGGUCUCGUGUCUGCCUUUACUUUAAUGCAAAUUGGAUUAGCUGAUUUUACCCAACCCACAUCUGUAUCAAGUCUUCUGUAAUCACACUUUUCAUUUGUUUCCUUAGCUUUUCUUGUUUUGUUUCUUUUUUAACAACUGGUUCAAAACUGGCCUUUCCUCAGUUAUUUCCACUUCCUGUUGUUCCCCCAUCAGUUCUGCAAAGCAUAGGACUUUAAUGAGGUUUUUGUCAACAGACUGGAAAAUGAAUGAAUUCUCUGUUUUCUGUGUAUAUAAUUAGCCCAUGCCUUCCUUAACCAUAGUUGUUCUAGCAAAUGAUUUUGAAAUGGAUCAUAUUGCAGUGUAUAAUGAUAGCCUAAUUUUGGUACUCAUUUCUGUAAUUUGAGCCCUGAUACAUUUCCCCCACUUCUUUAAUAACUCUUAUAUUGGUGAUUCUAUGUUCCCUAUCCAGUAAACAUUUGUUGUUUUUGUCUGUAGCCAUCAUCUGUGGGCGUACACCUUCCUAUUAUUAGUCCCUCUGAUGUGCAUUUAAUUUGGAUGCCCAUUCGACACAGUGCAUCUCUCCCUAAUAGAUUAACUGGAGUUUGUUCUGAUACUAAUAUAGGUAUGAUGCAGGUAGCUUUUUCUCCUGCUUCUAUUUUUACUGGAACUGUCAUAGGCAUUAGCUGCGUUUGUCCCGUACAUCCUACUGUCUUUACAUAUUUGCCUGACAUGGGGAGGUGAGAGGCAUAAUUUGGACUUACACAUGAGUAAGUUUCUCCAGUAUCUAUCAUCAUGGGUGUGCCUCUAUUCUUCACCUGAACCUGCAGCAUAGGUUCUUCAUCAGCCUGCAUAGUUACUGCCACUAGCAGACCCUCCCCUCUAGGAUUCUCUGGGCAUCCCUAGUAUCCCUGAUUUGGUCCUCCCCACGGGUUCACUGGGCCCUGUGGAGCCUGUGUCUGAACUGCCGCCAUGCAUCUGAGCUGGUGUUAUUUAUUUGCCAAUUACCCUGCUGUGGUUGCUUAGGCAGCAAUGGGUUGGUAGGACAAUUCCUUCUUAGAUGUCCUGAUUGAUGACACCCCCAGCAGACACCUAGCGGUCCUCCUGGUCCACCAUUUUGGUAUGUCUGCUGUUGUGAUCGGUGCCCUUGAUUCUGGGGUCUGUUUCUAUUUCCUUUGUUUUGCCACUGUCCAGGGGAUUAUUGUGUGUGUACACAUUCACUAUUGGUAAGGCAGGAGCUAUUUGGCCUUGUGGUUGAGGCUGUAGUUGUGGACCUCCUUGGAGAACAGGUGCCAUGGCGCCCUCUUCUGGCAGUGCUGGAGUAAUCACUGGGGUCAUCCCUCCUGUAUUUCUCCAUUGCGUGGAUAAUAUGGUCGCAGAAUUCCUUGUGUGAUUUUGACGUUAGUCCCACCACAUCUUCCAGUCUGCUUCUGACAGGCGUUGGCAUUGCCUCCAUCAGUGAUGUCCUGAAUAGUGUUGUCAUCAGUGGAUCCCCCUCUGGGUCUUUUUCUGUUUCUUGUCGCCACCUCUUGAGCUGAUCCUCUAGGUAGCGUGCAGGGCUUUCUUUAUCCCCCAAUGGUUCCCCUCUCAGUGCUUUAGGGUGUAUUUUUCUUGAUACUCCAUUCUCAGUGUGCCAUAGUCCUAUAAUUGUCAAAGGCCACUCCAUCCAGUAACGUCCUGUAUGAGGCCACCAGCCUACAGGUCCUCCAUUUUGGCCACUCCCACCACCCUAGCCAGCAAUGCCUUCAAAUCUCCCACUGCCAGUAGCUUCCCCAUUGUUUUUUCUUCAAAUGUUCUAAUCCAGUUUCCUGCUCCUUCAUGCAUGUUUGGCAGUCUAGUCACCAGGCCUUCCAGGUCCCGUGAUCCCCAAGGCACAUAGUGAACCUUUGUCCCCUUUACCAAAAUGGGAUACUGGGCUCCAUACUUGUCUGGCUUUUUUAUGUUCUUCUGUUUCUUAAUUCUCUCUUAGAUUUUUCCAGGUGGGCUUGCAGUGCUUCACCUAGUUCUGUUACUAUAGAUUUGCCUCCUGUGACUCCUUGCUGUGAUAAUUGUCUUUCUGUCUCACUCUGUUCUUGCUCAGAGUCAGCACACUGUUUUAGUUCCUCAUCUUCCUCAUUACUUGCAUCAUCCCACUCGCUCUGUCCAUCACCAUCUUGUUCAUCUAUCCCAUAAUUUUCCAGUUUUCUUAACAUACCCCUCAGUCCCUCAUAACAGUCUGUCUAAAUGUGAUCCUCUUUCUCCUGUUUUAUAGUUCUUUAUUAGGGUAUCCAUGUCCUCACACACUGUCACAUCAAACAUCCCUAAGGCCAUUUUGUUGCUAGUUUUCUAGUUCUUAUUUAUCAGAGAUUUUUCCCAAUCUCUUCUUUAUUUUCUGGGAACCUUCUUUUCAUGAUUUCUACUGGUGUCUCUAUUCCCUGUAUUCUUGGUCUCCCUGACGCUAGCCUUAGGUUUGGUUCAGUGUCUAUAUUAGGGUGUAGAGUCAGCAAUAUCUUCCUUACUGUUUUUCUCGUUUACUUGUUUAUAUAUGGACAGCUAAUCCCUAUCCUGAAUUCUCCUACCCAGAUUUAUUUUAUUACUAUUUCCUGUAUCCUUACUGGUCAAUGACAUAAGUAAUAGCUGUUUCACAUUAGAUUUAGCCUCUUUCUGAUAAUGUUAUCAUUGUAGCCUAUUGCAUUAAUUUAGUCAAAUAUAAAUGUGUUGUUUAAUAAAUCUAGAACCUACAACAAGUUGGUGCUAUCCCAUUAGUGUAAUAGUCAAAACUACCUGCAAUCCACUGUUCCAUGUAAUGGAAACAGAUUAUCGUUUUAGAAUUCAUUAACUAUUUGCAUACGUCACUGGUGUUACGCAAACUAUAGAAUUGAGUAAUAACAAUUUGUCAAAGAAUGUUUCCCGAUUCAACUAUUAUGACCUCUGCUUCAAAUGUCCCUUACAGCCCGAUACAGUCCAGCGAGUACGACUCUCUUUCACCCGCGAGCUAAAACAUGGCAUUUGUAAAGUCUAUUCACAAACCACCAAUAACUAUUUGUAUAACCUACAGGAAUAUUUUAUUCUAUAAAAGGGCCCAAAUUUAGAAUGUUAACCCUAUCUCAUUUUAUCAUUUUACUGUGUUCAAUUUUACCAUAAUCCUACAUCACCUCUAAAUUUCCAAAUAUAAUGUCCGAAACACAUCCUACAAGAUUGGCCGAAAUACAAUGUGUAGACGUUAUACAACCACACAUGACCUGUUCCUCCAACAGGAUUCAUUCUACCCCUCCUGGUAACGUGAAUUUUCCACACUCAGUUGGUCAAUGAAUAUCCACAUACCAUUUAUUAUUCUCUUCCUAAUGCAAGAUUGGGCACGCCCUUUCUCCACCAGACAUAGAAGCUUCAAGCGACCUUUAAAUAUAGUCCCUUUCCUGACACUUCCUCAACACAGAAAAGGCUAUUAUUUUCAGGGUUUCUUGUUAUUUUCUGAUCACCCGCACAGAUGAGCAGCCACUCGUGCUUAACUGAAUCAGACAGAAUGACCAGCAGGACGAACGAAUGAAUCAGACGAAUUGAACAAAUACAUCAGAUGAACAAUCGAGUGAAUUUGACAGAUUGAAUGCACAAACCUAGUCAGACCAGUGGACCAAGAUGAAAGAGCUACUUUCGCAAUCCCAAGCAAGUCCAACAAGCCAGUCUUGUACAAAAUGAGUCAGACAAAACAAUCGAAUCAAACAAACUGAUCAAGCUGACCAAAUGAGCAACCUAAAUGAGAUGGAUAAAACAUACAAUUGAAUGAAUCACAGCCGCUCAAGCAAACCAUUCACCCGCACGAGGUGAGCAGACCUACUCUAUUUAACACUUUAUUUAUAUUUUGAAGCCCUAGUGGCUAUUUCACAACCAUUCACCUACUCUGGAUGACCGGCGCUACUUCCAAUUUAUGGUGUCACCUACUCAGGAUGACCUACUUCUUUACCUGAUUGGCCCUGUCUAAUUAUUGCAUCACCACCACAGGAUGAUGCAACACCUACUCGAGCAGCCUCUAACAAUGAACUCCACGUUAGAGCGGUAACCGUAGGCACCUAUUCAUGUACUGGCUAGCCACUGGCCCGUUCAGCCCUCUGGAGUGCUAACCUUAGCUCUCCAAAGCGGUAUCCACAGGAUUUAACUUAUUUGUAAUUACCGACAAUAUUCAACAAUCCAUAACAUUGCAUGCAUGCUUAUUUCUCAUGCCAACAAAAACUCUAUACUUUUCCUAAAUUUAGUCCUUAAUACUGGAGAGACCCCACGGUACCUGACCUUCAGAAUCAGCUUGAACAAAUCACACACUUUCAAUGUUAAAAGUAGGAACGUUGCUUACCUCUUAACAGUGGCCACUGUAUUUUUGUGUGUGAUUCGUCCAACCUCCUCCAGAUGGUGCAGCACCCCUGUGGUCUCUUUUCCCAGGCCCAUCUGGGGUGCCAAUUAUGUUAUGGAAAAUUAUCAAUAUACUUAUUAAAAAUCAAAGUUCUUCCAGAGUUUUUGUAGAAUUAAGAUAGACUUUAUUACAUACGCAAUAGAGCCGAGGUGGUUUGCAAAACAUCUGAACUCCCAACACUCGGCCCUCAGUUUAUAUACAAUUUCCAUUCCUGCUCGUUUUACAUACUUUUUAGCUUAAACCCUCUCAGUUCAGUUUCUCCACUAUUGUUUCCAGGCCAUCUUUUGACCGCUCCGCCCACUCUCUUAAUUUAUGAUAGUGGUGAAAUCUGACCCUAUUCAGUCUCCUCCUUCUAUUUAUCUAGUUUGGAAACAAUAGUGGUAGAACCAGGCUUUCUCAUGUAAAAAAUAAAAGAGCCAUCUCCUGACUCUGCUCUGUUUAUUCCAAAACCUAUCAAUCGAUACUUAAAUAUGGUUUAAAUAUGGCAGGUCCAUAACCUAUUCUCAACCAUAUACAUUUAAGACGUUCCUAAUGCAUUGCCUCAUACAGUGGGGAAAAAAAGUAUUUAGUCAGCCACCAAUUGUGCAAGUUCUCCCACGUAAAAAGAUGAGAGAGGCCUGUAAUUUUCAUCAUAGGUACACGUCAACUAUGACAGACAAAUUGAGAUUUUUUUUCUCCAGAAAAUCACAUUGUAGGAUUUUUUAUGAAUUUAUUUGCAAGUUAUGGUGAAAAAUAAGUACAGUGGGGAAAAAAAAUAUUUAGUCAGCCACCAAUUGUGCAAGUUCUCCCAAUUAAAAAGAUGAGAGGCCUGUAAUUUUCAUCAUAGGUACACGUCAACUAUGACAGACAAAUUGAGGAGAAAAAAAAUUCCAGAAAAUCACAUUGUAGGAUUUUUAAUGAAUUUAUUUGCAAAUUAUGGUGGAAAAUAAGUAUUUGGUCACCUACAAACAAGCAAGAUUUCUGGCUCUCACAGACCUGUAACUUCUUUUUUAAGAGGCUCCUCUGUCCUCCACUCGUUACCUGUAUUAAUGGCACCUGUUUGAACUUCUUAUCAGUAUAAAAGACACCUGUCCACAACCUCAAACAGUCACACUCCAAACUCCACUAUGACCAAGACCAAAGAGCUGUCAAAGGACACCAGAAACAAAAUUGUAGACCUGCACCAGGCUGGGAAGACUGAAUCUGCAAUAGGUAAGCAGCUUGGUUUGAAGAAAUCAACUGUGGGAGCAAUUAUUAGGAAAUGGAAGACAUACAAGACCACUGAUAACCUCCCUCGAUCUGGGGCUCCACGCAAGAUCUCACCCCGUGGGGUCAAAAUGAUCACAAGAACGGUGAGCAAAAAUCCCAGAACCACCCGGGGGUUCCUAGUGAAUGACCUGCAGAGAGCUGGGACCAAAGUAACAAAGCCUACCAUCAGUAACACACUACGCCACCAGGGACUCAAAUCCUGCAGUGCCAGAUGUGUCCCCCUGCUUAAGCCAGUACAUGUCCAGGCCCGUCUGAAGUUUGCUAGAGUGCGUUUGGAUGAUCCAGAAGAGGAUUGGGAGAAUGUCAUAUGGUCAGAUGAAACCAAAAUAGAACUUUUUGGUAAAAACUCAACUCGUCGUGUUUGGAGGACAAAGAAUGCGGAGUUGCAUCGAAAGAACACCAUACCUACUGUGAAGCAUGGGGGUGGAAACAUCAUGCUUUGGGGCUGUUUUUCUGCAAAGGGACCAGGACGACUGAUCCGUGUAAAGGAAAGAAUGAAUGGGGCCAUGUAUCGUGAGAUUUUAAGUGAAAACCUCCUUCCAUCAGCAAGGGCAUUGAAGAUGAAACUUGGCUGGGUCUUUCAGCAUGACAAUGAUCCCAAACACACCGCCCGGGCAACGAAGGAGUGGCUUCGUAAGAAGCAUUUCAAGGUCCUGGAGUGGCCUAGCCAGUCUCCAGAUCUCAACCCCAUAGAAAAUCUUUUGAGGGAGUUGAAAGUCCGUGUUGCCCAGCGACAGCCCCAAAACAUCACUGCUCUAGAGGAGAUCUGCAUGGAGGAAUGGGCCAAAAUACCAGCAACAGUGUGUGAAAACCUUGUGAAGACUUACAGAAAAUGUUUGACCUGUGUCAUUGCCAACAAAGGGUAUACAGUGAUCCCUCGCCACUUCGCGGUUCACUUAUCGCGGAUUCGCUAUUUCGCGGAUUUUCAUAAUGCAUUUUUUUUUUUUUGUUGGUGCAUUGUGCUCUGCAUUCUGAUUCGCUAAAAACUCACUCCCGCUUCUUGUAUCAAAACAUGCUACGAAUUGUGCUAUCAUUUUGUCGUCUCGUGCAGUUAUGUACGUACAUAAAACAGCUUGGCAAAUUUACAUUAAGUUGGCCAAAUUAUCUUGUAAUUUCGAACAUCUUCUAAACCCAUAAUGUCGACGAAACGGCCUACACGUGAGUCACUGUAUUUGUAUACAUGUAAUAGUUGCUAAUUGUAAAAAAAAAAAAGUUUUCUAUUUCGCGGAUUUCACUUAUCGCGGGUCAUUUUCGGAACGUAACCCCCGCGAUAAACGAGGGAUUACUGUAUAACAAAGUAUUGAGAAACUUUUGUUAUUGACCAAAUACUUAUUUUCCACCAUAAUUAGCAAAUAAAUUCAUUAAAAAUCCUACAAUGUGAUUUUCUGGAUUUAUUUUCUCAUUUUGUCUGUCAUAGUUGACGUGUACCUAUGAUGAAAAUUACAGGCCUCUCUCAUCUUUUUAAGUGGGAGAACUUGCACAAUUGGUGGCUGACUAAAUACUUUUUUUCCCCCCACUGUACAUAACAGUAUAAUCAAUCAAGAGCCAUGUCCUGACUCUGGCUCAGACUCCCUCCUUGUGUACCACUCGGUUACCAACCGGUCGAUCGACUGGUCGAUCUUCAAGGCAUUUCUAGUUGAUCACCAAACAUUUCAGUAGAAAAGGCUAGUGGUUAAGAGGGUAAGGCCAGUAACUGAAAGGUUGCUGGUUCGAAUCCCCGAGCCGACUAGGUGAAACAUCUGUCGGUGUGCCCUUGAGCAAGGCACUUCACUCUAAUUGCUGCUGUAAGUUGCUCUGGAUAAGAGCGUCUGCUAAAUGACUAAAAUGUAAAUAGAAAAAUGAUAAAACCUUGUGCUCAUAUACAUACAUACAUACAUACAUACAGUACCAGUCAAAGGUUUGGACACCUACUUUAUUUGUACUAUUUUUUUACAUUGUAGAAUAGUGAAGACAUCAGAACUAUGAAAUAACACAUGGAAUCAUGUAGGAACCAAAAGAGUGUUAAACAAAUCAAAAUAUAUCUUAUAUUUGAGAUUCUUCAAAUAGCCACCCUUUGCCUUGAUGACAGAUUUGCACAUUAAUUAUUUAAUAAUAUGCCAAGUCUUGCUCUGUUGGCUGUAGGUGCACUUGAUUCAGAAGCCUGUACAGAAUAAAGAAUAUUCCAAAACAUGCAUCCUGUUUACAACUUGUCCUGAAUCCGAAGUGUUAUGUUUGGUCAAGUCCAAUACAACAACUUAUUGAGGGGGGUUGGGUUAAAUGCAGAAGAAACAUUUCAGUUGAAUGCAUUCAGUUGUACAACUGACUAGGUAUCCCCCUUUCCUUUCCCUUUACUAAGUACCACUCUCCAUAUUUUCAUGCAUAGUGGUGGCUGCAUCAUGUUAUGGUUAUGCUUGUAAUCGAUAAGGACUGGGGAGUUUUUCAGGAUAAAAAAUAAACUGAAUGGAGCUAAGCACAGGCAAAAUCCUAGAGGAAAACCUGGCUCAGUCUGCUUUCCACCAGACACUGGGAGAUUAAUUCACCUUUCAGCAGGACAAUAACCUAAAACACAAGGCCAAAUCUACAGUGGAGUUGCUUACCAAGAAGACAGUGAAUGUUCCUUACAGUUUGGACUUAAAUCUGAUUUGAAAAUCUAUGGCAAAACUUGAAAAUGGUUGUCUUGCAAUGAUCAACAACCAAUUUGACAGAGCUUGAAGAAUUUUUAAAAUAAUAAUGGGGAAAAAUUGUACAAUGCAAGUGUGCAAAGCUCUUAAGAGACUUACCCAGAAAUAUGUAAACGCUGCCAAAGGAGAUUCUAACGUGUUGAGUCAGGGUGUGAAUACUUAUGUAAAUGGAGAUAUUUCAUUUUCAAUAUAUUUGCAAGAAACUCUAAACAUGUUUUCACUAUGCCAUUAUGGAGUAUUGUGUGAAGAAAAUAAAUAAAUUUAUUCCAUUUUGAAUUCAGGCUGUAACACAACAAUGUGGAAUAAGUCAAGGGGUAUGAAUACUUUCUGAAGGCACAGUACAUACUCACUGAACUCAGCAGUUACUCAAGUUGUGAAGAGAUGCAAAAAACCCCUUGUUACUAAAUUUAGAAUAAAGGUAUAUUUUCUCACUUCAAAAUAACUCUUAUCACUCAGCUCCAGCAAACAUUUCCACUACCUUCAUGAAAGGGAGUGUUUGAUUGGUACCUUGUGUGUGUGUGUGUGUGUGUGUGUGUGUGCGUGUUCAGGUGUGAGCGUUUGGAGGAGCAGCUCAAUGACUUAACAGAGCUGCACCAGAAUGAGAUCCUGAACCUGAAGCAGGAGCUGGCCAGCAUGGAGGAAAAGAUCGCCUAUCAGUCUUACGAGAGAGCUAGAGACAUUCAGGUAGGUUCUGUCAGCUCUUGAAAAUAGGGUUAUUCUUACCUUAUCCCUUUUAGGUCCUGGUGGAGCAAAGGGCCUACCGAUGAAUCUCCAGUAAACUUGUGUGUGUGUGUACAUACACGUAUAUGUAUACUACCGUUCAAAAGUUUGGGGUCACUUAGAAAUGUCCUUGUUUUUGAAAGAAAAGCAAUUUUUUUUGUCCAUUUUUAAAAUAUCAUCAAAUUGAUCAGAAAUACAGUGUAGACAUUGUUAUAUUUCUAAAAGGCUAUUGUAGCUGGUAACGGCUGAUUUUUUUUUUUUAAUGGAAUAUCUACAUAGGCAUACAGAGGCCCAUUAUCAGCAACCAUCAGUCUUGUGUUCCAAUGGCACGUUGUGUUUGCUAAUCCAAGUUUAUCAUUUUAAAAGGCUAAUUGAUCAUUAGAAAACCCUUUUUAAAUUAUGUUAGCACAGCUGAAAACUGUUGUGCUGAUUUAAAGAAGCUAUAAAACUGGCCUUCUUGAGACUAGUUGAGUGUCUGAAGCAUCAGCGAUUGUGGGUUCGAUUACAGGCUCAAAAUGGCCAGAAACAAAUAACUUUGUUCUGAAACUCGUCAGUCUAUUCUUGUUCUGAGAAAUGAAGGCUAUUCCAUGCAGGAAAUUGCCAAGAAACUGAAGAUCCCGUACAACGCUGUGUACUACUCCCUUCACAGAACAGCACAAACUUGCUCUAACCAGAACAGAUAGAGGAGUUGGAGGCCCCGGUGCACAACUGAGCAAGAGGACAAAUACAUUAGUCUAGUUUUUGAGAAAUACGCCUCACAGGUCCUCAACUGGCAGCUUCAUUAAAUAGUACCCGCAAAACACCAGUCUCAACGUCAACAGUGAAGCAGAGACUCUGGGAUGCUGACCUUCUAGGCAGAGUUGCAAAGAAAAAGCCAUAUCUCAGACUGUCCUGUCUUUUUUUUUAUUGGCCAGUCUGAGAUAUGGCUUUUUCAUUUGCAACUCUGCGUAGGUCAGCAUCCUGGAGUUGCCUCUUCACUGUUGACACUUAGGUUGGAGUCAUUAAAACUUGUUUUUCAACCACUCCACAAAUUUCUUUUUAACAAACUAUAGUUUUGGCAAGUCGGUUAGGACAUCUACUUUGUGCAUGACACAAGUAAUUUUUCCAACAAUUGUUUACAGAUUAUUUCAGUUAUAAUUCACUGUAUCACAAUUCCAGUGGGAAAGAAGUUUACAUACACUAAGUUGACUGUGCCUUUAAACAGCUUGGAAAAUUCCAGAAAAUGAUGUGAUGGCUUUAGAAGCUUCUGAUAGGCUAAUUUACAUAAUUUGAGUCAAUUGGAGGUGUACCUGUGGAUGUACUUCAAGGCCUACCUUCAAACUCAGUGCCUCUUUGCUUGACAUCAUGGGAAAAUCAAAAUAAAUCAGCCAAGACCUCAGAAAAAAAUUGUAGACCUCCACAAGUCUGGUUCAUCCUUGGGAGCAAUUUCCAAACACCUGAAGGUACCACGUUCAUCUGUACAAACAAUAGUAUUGGACCACGCAGCCGUCAUACCACUCAGGAAGGAGAUGCGUUCUGUCUCCUAGAGAUAAACGUACUUUGGUGCGAAAAUUGCAAAUCAAUCCCAGAACAACAGCAAAGGACCUUGUGAAGAUGCUGGAGGAAACCGGUACAAAAUUAUCUUUAUCCACAGUAAAACGAGUCCUAUAUCGACAUAACCAGAAAGGCCGCUCAGCAAGGAAGAAGCCACUGCUCUAAAACCGCCAUGAAAAAGCCAGACUAGGGUUUGCAACUGCACAUGGGGACAAAUAUCGUACUUUUUGGAGAAACGUCCUCUGGUCUGAUGAAACAAAAAUAGAACUGUUUGGCCAAAAUGACCAUCGUUAUGUUUGGAGGAAAGAGGGGGUUCCUUGCAAGCCGAAGAACACCAUCCCAACCGUGAAGCACGGGGGUGGCAGCAUCAUGCUGUGGGGGUGCUUUGCUGCAGGAGGGACUGGUGCACUUCGCAAAAUAGAUGGCAUCAUGAGGAAGGAAAAUUAUGUGGAUAUAUUGAAGCAACAUCUCAAGACAUCAGUCAGGAAGUUGAAGCUUGGUCGCAAAUGGGUCUUCCAAAUUCCAAGCAUACUUCCAAAGUUGUAGCAAAAUGGCUUAAGGACAACAAAGUCAAGGUAUUGGAGUGGCCAACACAAAGCACUGACCUCAAUCCUAUAGAAAAUUUGUGGGAAGAACUGAAAAAGCGUGUGCGAGCAAGGAGGCCUACAAACCUGACUGCGUUACACUAGCUAUGUCAGGUGGAAUGGGCCAAAAUUCACCCAACUUAUUGUGGGAAGCUUGUGGAAGACUACCCGAUACAUUUGACCCAAGUUAAACAAUUUUAAAGGCAAUUCUACCAAAUACUAAUUGAGUGUGUGUAAACUUCUGACCCACUGGGAAUGUGAUGAAAGAAAUAAAAGCUGAAAUAAAUUAUUAUUCUGACAUUUCACAUUCUUAAAAUAAAGUGGUGAUCCUAACUGACCUAAGACAGGGAAUAUUUACUAGGAUUAAAUGUCAGGAAAUGUGAAACUGAGUUUAAAUGUAUUUGGCUAAGGUGUAUGUAAACUUCCAACUUCAACUGUGUGUGUGUAGGUAUAUUUAAAAUAUGUGUGUAGGUAUAUUUAAAAUAUACAUACAUACAUACAUACAUACAUACAUACAUACAUACAUACAUACAUGCAUGCAUGCAUGCAUGCAUACAUACAUACAUAUACAGUGAGGGAAAAAUGUAUUUGAUCCCCUGCUGAUUUUGUACGUUUGCCCACUGACAAAUAAAUGAUCAGUCUAUAAUUUUAAUGGUAGGUUUAUUUGAACAGUGAGAGACAGAAUAACAACAAAAAAAUCCAGAAAAACGCAUGUCAAAAUGUUAUAUAUUGAUUUGCAUUUUAAUGAGGGAAAUAAGUAUUUGACCCCCUCUCAAUCAGAAGAUUUCUGGCUCCCAGGUGUCUUUUAUACAGGUAACGAGCUGAGAUUAGGAGCACACUCUUAAAGGGAGUGCUCCUAAUCUCAGCUUGUUACCUGUAUAAAAGACACCUGUCCACAGAAGCAAUCAAUCAGAUUCCAAACUCUCCACCAUGGCCAAGACCAAAGAGCUCUCCAAGGAUGUCAGGGACAAGAUUGUAGACCUACACAAGGUUGGAAUGGGCUACAAGACCAUCGCCAAGCAGCUUGGUGAGAAGGUGACAACAGUUGGUGCGAUUAUUCGCAAAUGGAAGUAACACAAAAUAACUGUCAAUCUCCCUCGGCCUGGGCAACAAAGGAGUGGCUCAAGAAGAAGCACAUUAAGGUCCUGAAGUGGCCUAGCCAGUCUCCAGACCUUAAUCCCAUAGAAAAUCUGUGGAGGGAGCUGAAAGUUCGAGUUGCCAAACAUCAGCCUCGAAACCUUAAUGACUUGGAGAAUAUCAGCAAAGAGGAGUGGAACAAAAUCCCUCCUGAGAUGUGUGCAAACCUGGUGGCCAACUACAAGAAACGUCUGACCUCUGUCAUUGCCAACAAGGGUUUUGCCACCAAGUACUAAGUCAUGUUUUGCAGAGGGGUCAAAUACUUAUUUCCCUCAUUAAAAUGCAAAUCAAUUGAUAACAUUUUUGACAUGCGUUUUUCUGGAUUUUUUUUUUGUUAUUCUGUCUCUCACUGUUCAAAUAAACCUACCAUUUAAAAUUAUAGACUGAUCAUUUCUUUGUCAGUGGGCAAACGUACAAAAUCAGCAGGGGAUCAAAUACUUUUUUCCCUCACUGUAUGUGUAUGUGUAUAUAUAUAUAUAUAUUAAAUAUGUUCUACGAUAGGGUCUAGCUGUGUUUUGUGCUGAAGCGAGUUGGUGACGUUCCAAACUGUUUAACCAUGUCCCCCCCCCCCCCCAUGUAGGAGGCUCUGGAGGUGUGCCAGACACGUAUCUCCAAGAUGGAGCUGCAGCAGCAACAGCAGCAGGUGGUCCAGCUAGAGGGCCUAGAGAACGCCACGGCCCGGACCCUGCUGGGCAAGCUCAUCAACGUGCUGCUAGCCGUCAUGGCCGUGCUCCUGGUGUUCGUCUCCACCGUGGCCAACUGCGUGGUGCCCCUGAUGAAGACGCGCAGCCGCACCUUCUCCACACUGCUCUUCGUCGUCCUCCUCGCCUUCCUGUGGAGGAACUGGGAGGUCAUCUCGCAGUACCUGGAUCGCUUCCUGCUGUCCCCGAGUUGA